GUGACAUCACAACCAAUCCCCCACUCAGAAUGCGUGCGAAUGCUUAGUGGAAAUAACCGACACACCGAACAUGAGUGUUACUUUUUUCUGGUGCCAUUUAGCGAACACCGGAGACAUACCUGUACGCCCCACACGGGGAGGGGUUUUGAAUGUUUUGUGUGACUGUCAAGUCGACUCUAAUUUGAAAUCGAGAAAAUAAGACGUCGGACUGAAGAUCAAACCUAUAGCUUACCGACUCCGGUCUGUUUUGCGGUCUAGUCCUAUUAUAUAUUUUUAUUGAGAAGCAAUCAGUCAAGGAAUAUUAAGUCUGUUCUGGUGUGGUGUUGGGGAUUUUAUAUCCACCUCGUCUUUUUAGAAGAAUGGCGAGAGACGCUAAACAUUGCCCUGUAUCACCAAUGAAAAACAGUUUGUUGGUGACAGCAGGGAUACUUCUGAUUAUUCAAGCUGCUUCGUGUCAGCGGGUGAGGGUGGAACCAGAGGUGGAGGCGUACCCCACCGAGUCGGUCGACCUGCGCUGUCAGUUUGUCGAUGAAGGAAACACCAAGCUCACACAGGUGUCGUGGAUAUGGGAGCCCACGGAAGGCCAGAGGGAUAACAUUGCCGUCUUUCACCCCACAUACGGCGAGAGCUUCCCCGACUCGCCCUUCAACGGGCGUGUCCGCUUCAUCCAAGGCACCUUGACAAACCCCUCCAUUACCAUCACCAGCCUCAAGAUGGCCGACGCCGGGCGUUACACCUGCGAGUACGCCACUUACCCCAGCGGCAAUGAGCAAGGCACCACCAAUCUGGUCAUACUUGCGAAACCCAAGAAUUCUGCAUCUCCCGUAAUCGUCCAGGCCAGCACAAGCGGCAAACCAGUGGUCGUGGCCCAGUGUGAGGCGGCCGACGGCAAGCCAGCAGCCACCAUCAAGUGGAUGGGAGAAGUCGGGGGCACCGAUAACACCACCUCCAAAAAAGGUCUGGACGGCACGGUGACGGUGAGGAGCGUGUACCUACUGGUGCCCACGCCCGAGGACAACGGCAAGGAGGUCACCUGCAUGAUCAGCCAGCGCACUCAGGACAAGCCGCAGACCUUCCCCAUGAAGCUGUCCGUCGAGUAUCCCCCGACUGUGUCCAUAGUGGGCUAUGAUAACAACUGGUACAUUGGCCGGACCGACGCUGUCCUGACCUGCCAGGCCACUGGCAACCCUGUCCCCACCAACGUCACUUGGACAGCCAUGUCCGGUCGGAUGCCUGACACGGUACAGAUCGCCGACAACAAGCUGAUCGUGCGGAAGGUGGACGAGGCAGUGAACACCACCUUUGUCUGCGAGGUGAAGAACCGGCUGGGAGUGAGCAAGCACCAGGUCACCACGGCGGUCAUCGAGGCCAUAGUGGACCCGUCCAACGUGGGCAUGGUGGCGGGGGCUAUCAUCGGCAGCCUGCUGGCCCUGCUGCUGGUCAUCUCGCUGAUUGCUGUCCUGGUGACCCGCAGUCGCCGGCAACGGCGCGGUUACCCCGGCAAUGGAGAGCCUGGCGCCUACGGGAACAAAGCCCGCCUCUUCGGCGGAGCUGGCAACAAGAACGAAGGCACGGGGGCCAACAUCAACGGGCCCAUCUAUACGUACRGCGAGAGCGACCCCGGAGCGCUGGCGGAGAAUGUCAACGACUUCCACGGCCCGCCAGGCUCCACUCCCACCGCCCACGACAUCCUGCUGAGCAGCGAGAUGGACGAGGCGGAGCGCAGGAAAUUUGACGCCCUCGGCGACAGCCUGGAGGAGGAAGAGGAGCGCUACGACAGCUUUAGCGUGGGCAUGGUUCCAGCCUAUCACAUCCACCGGCACAACGAGGAGAUGGGAGGGGUCAGCAUGUACCUCGACGACGACAUGGAGUCACAGCGGGAUGGGUCGGUCAUCUCCCGGACUGCCAUCUACGUCUAGAGAGGGGCGGUCAACCAACAGGGUCCAGGAGGGAGAGCUGAGGACAGGGUGGAGAGUCCACCAACAACCACCUCUCUGGAACGAUACCACCAACAACCACCCCUCCCCCUGCAUACUAAAUAGACAUGCUACGCUUAUGGUAAUUUUACCCCAAAAAAUCACUACAGAAACAAAACAAGACGUUGAAACUGAACUGUAACUGAGGAACAAGCAGAAUGAUAACUUGAGUGCGCUGGUCAAUGACUAGACAUCUCGAUAAGUCAGUCAGUCUACCAAAAUAAAUUGUAACAAUGUAACUCAUCUUCAAUGCUGCUUACUGCUCCAUUUCAGCUUAGCAAGUGAAACGUGAAGAAUGACCAUGUGACUGCGUUAGUAGCCAACUAAUCCACAGGACUGCAAAACACUAAGACUUUUUGUCGGUAAGGAAUUGUACCGUUCAAUGUCGCCUUCAUGGUAAAACUUUUAGACGCGCUCAUAGAUGGUCGCACUCGUUCCAUAACCACGGCUACUGCUUGAAGACGUCCUCCAGCGGACCACGGUGUGGAGGACAAGGAACAAAGCUGUAACUUGUUGUCUUAAUGUACAUCAUCACAGGCGUUCCAUAGCACAGUGUUACGUAAAUGGUCUUUGUAUUGUCAAGAUGUUUGGGCCUUCAGGCCUUGUUGAACCACAGUUGGUGUUAAUGACUCAGGCAGUUUCCAUCUUCCAUUUCCUUCUUUCUUUCUUUUUUCUUCAUUAUUUUCUUUUACAUAUGGGAGGCCAGCGACGUGGUAGACCGAGCUGGGGUUUGGAUGAGAGAAAUGGUGCGACCAGAUCAGUUUGUUUUUCCAACUGUCUGUUGGCUGUUCAUGUUGGUGGAACGUCACUGCUAAGCGAAGGGCAGCGGAUCAGCUGGCACCAUCCCAGGGUAUUGGGCCCCGUGCCAGGCUGUACUAGCCUUCCACGCUGAGGGACCAACCAGCUCCUGUAAUGAUCAGCGCCACGUCUAGUCUGCCUAGCGAUAGUACAAGACAGACCGACAGAUCGACAUGCACACCCAGCUCUAACUGAACCUCCUGCUCUGCCUGUCAGUUUGACCAAUUAAAAAAAGGAAGCGGACUCCAUUUCCCCGGCAAGUCAAUAAAUGCACCGUCUAUUUAAUAGUAAAGAAAUGUUUCGCCGCUGAUGCUCGAGGGACCGGAGGCGGAAUAUUUCCCUUUUUUUUUUACCAGAACAAGCUGUUCCUAGCCCACAUGUUUAAUUCAGGAGUAGAAGAAGCAUAAAAGUGUUGCGCAUUAUCUCAUGUAGAGGUAUAGAGCGAGAGAGGCUGAUUUCCGGCUGGUAUUGAGCGCUUUUGUGAAU